GAUUAUUUCACCAGCACAAGAAAUUGCUGCCCUCCACAACUUGAACUUCUCAGACUUCCAAAGAGUCACAACAUAUACAUUUAAAAUAUGGCGAUUCUGAGCCACCUAUCAAUCCUCCACCUCCUCUGGGCUGCUUUGGUCUUUUGUCAGUAUGAAGACUAUGAUUUUGAGGAUGAAUAUGGUGGGGAGCCAGAUCAUCAACUUCCAUAUUAUUUUAACCCAAACAGCCAAGUUGAAGUUCCUCAUUUUCCUUUCCCAGUUGAGUGUGCCAAGGAAUGCUUUUGUCCACCAGCUUUUCCCUUAUCCAUGUACUGUGAUCACCGGAAACUCAAGACAAUACCAAACAUCCCCAGUCAUGUCCAACAACUUUAUCUGCAAAACAACAACAUUGAAGCUGUGCCUGCAGGACCAUUCACUAAUGUUACCUUCAUAAGGGAAAUUAACCUCAGCUACAACAAUAUUAAAUUCCAUAUGAUUGACCACGGUGUUUUUGCCAAACUUUCAAACUUAGUGCAACUUCAUUUACAACAUAAUGAAUUAGAAGAAUUUCCAUUCCCUUUGCCCAGCUCUCUAGAGAGACUCCUCCUUGGUUUCAAUAAAAUUUCCCGGCUACCUAGAAAUGCACUGGAAGGAUUGCCUAACAUGACCAUGCUUGACUUUUGCAAUAACUUACUUGAUGACUCGGUGUUCAAAGAAAAACCCUUUUCAAACAUGAAAAAUUUAAUGCAGCUCAACUUAUGCAACAACAAAUUACAGACAAUGCCUCCUGACCUGCCACCGUCACUUCGACAUCUUUCUCUUGAAAAUAACUCCAUUUCUCAUAUUCCAGAAAACUAUUUCAACAGACUUCCCCAAAUCAUUGCUCUAAGAAUGUCCCACAAUAACCUGCAGAACAUUCCACACAACACCUUUAAUCUACCCAACCUUCUAGAACUUAAUCUUGGACAUAACAAAUUGAAACAAGUGUUCUAUAUUCCAAGAAGUUUGCAGCAUUUGUACAUUGAAGGCAAUGAAAUUGAAAACAUCAACGUUACUGUGAUGUGUCCAACUCUGGACCCACUGAACAUCAAGCAGUUGACCUACAUACGGGUGGACCAGAACAAGCUCACGAGCCCCAUCAGCACCUACGCCUUCUUCUGCUUCCCUCUCAUCAGAACUAUUUAUUAUGGAGAGCAAAAUGUCACUGUCAACAGGCCAACCCAGCUCAGAACACCCGUUUUUCGGCGGUUUCUAACACCAGAGGAAUUCCAGGAAGCAGAAGACAAUCAUGAAAUGCUCAAUCAAGAAACAGAAGAAGAUCAUCAAGCAGAAGACAGCUAUUUUCAUCCUUACUAUCACUGAAGUAAUCAUUGUUAAUGAGUAUAUAUGGAAACUUUUCAUUAGUCUGGGCUAUUCAUCUCUAUCCUAGAACAGCUGGGCAGUUUGGGAUAUUCAAGAUGCAUCUAUAAAGUGGAGAUAGGAGUUUAAAGUAGGUAAAUGUCCUAUUAUUGGUGUAGUAAAAAACAACACUAGGAACAAAGAGCACUCACCUGAGCAUCAGAUAAAAGUCUGACACAUCACCUGGGUUGAUGAUGGGCUCACCUUUGGGUGAGCAGCCAAAGUAAAAAAAAAUAAUUGUUCUAAAGUGAUCCAGUUGCAAAAUGACUAAAAUACAAAUCAGUGUCAUAAUUCAAUAGGAACACGUGAUUAAGGCCAAAAGUCUAUCCAGCUCUACAUCCUGUUGCUGACAGCAGAAACAAAGAGAUGCAGUAGAGAAAAGGACAAGAGACUGAGAUUACAAAAUACCUCCACAAGGUCCCUCCACAUCUCCCAGAAAUACAGAUACUUCUUCUUCCAAUUUCUAACUGGACAAGGACAUCACAAAUAUGGAGCUUCAAAUGUUCCCCAUAUUAUGUUUCAAGUGUCCUGCC